UGUCCGUGAACCUUGGUACAAUAAAUGAUGUCUAUAUAUGCAAUGUAUAUCAUGAUGUGCUUUGGUCUGCCAUAUUUUUAUAGUGUAGCUGGCUGAAAGCUACCUGUCUAAGAUCAUUUUUAAAAUUAUUUCUCAAAGCUCAUUUCACUUCUAUUAAAAGUAAUAUUGCUUAAGUUGUAUUGUACAAGUACAUUUAAGAUAAUGUAAGAUUAAGUCUGUCAACAACAUAGGCUAAGAAAAAAUAGGAUGUGGAUAACAUAGCCAGUGGAUCGAGUGUGGAUAACAUAGUGUGUGCAUAACGUACUCUGACGAUAAUAUAGACUUUGGAUAACGUAGUCUGUGAAUAAAAUAGUAUUUGGAUAACAUAGUCAGUGGAUAACAUAGUAUGUGGAUAACAUAAUCUGUGGAUAACAUAGUAUGAGGAUAACGUAGUAUGUGGAUAACAUAGUAUGUGGAUAACAUAAUAUGCGACUAACAUUGUUAGUGGAUAAAGUAGCUUGUGGAUAGAGAUGUAAUAAAUGUUUGAGCUAAGAAGCAUAACUCCAUCAAGACGCACAUCAUGAGAUACCUUGCGUUUACUGUAAUACUGGGAUACUCCUAUAUUUCUCGCGUUUUCGCCAAUUCGACCAGUGUUCCUCUCAUUGACAGCUCACGGACCAAUGGAACAGAUUUCAUGUCAUUUCAACCUGGGUAACGCAAUUUCAUAUGCAUAUGUAACCUUAGUUAAUGUGGGCAUGUGGGUAAUAUAAUGGUAGAAUAUAAUGGCAGGGAUUUAGAGAUAUAAUGAUGGGGAUGUGGUGGAAGUAACUGUGGGAAAGUGGUGAUGUAAUGAUGGGGAUGUGGUGGAAGUAAUGGUGGGAAAGUGGUGAUGUGAUGGUGGGAAUGUAGAGAAAUAAUGAUAGGGAUGUGGUGGAAGUAAUGGUGGGAAAGUGGUGAUGUGAUGGUGGGAAUGUAGGGAAAUAAUGAUAGGGAUGUGGGGAUAUAAUAGUGGGAAUGUGGGGGAAAAAAUCGUGGGGAUUUGAGGUAGUAACGUGGGGAUGUGGGAAUAUAAUGAUGGGGAUUUGGGGGUAUAUUGGUGGGAAUUUGUGUAUGUAUUAAGUUGGUUAAUAUUAAAUAAUUUUAAAAGUUAUUUAACAUUAAUAAAUAAUAUCAACCCUUUAAUUCAACUGAUAUGCUUAACUGUCACUUAAAACGAUGUGCCCACAACAGGAACCCACUGGGCCUGAUCAAUCAAGUGUUCCAGGCUAUGUUACUGAUCUACAGCCCCGCAUACUCCACAUCCCAAAGAUGCGCACUACAGCGAGAUGAGAUCUUCAAGGGCUCCCAAGUCAACCAGUUAUGGGCUCUACAGUGUAAGUGAAUGCUCUGUUAAAUAUUCUCAGUCUAGUCCAGGGGUGUCAAACUCCAUCACUCGGCGGACAAACUCAAAUCACAUUUAAGAUUGCGGGCCGAACAGGAUAAACAUUCAAUAAGUGGAAAAUUCAUCUUUUUUUUUUAACAAAAAAACAUUAAUUUAAUUGAAAACAGAAAAAAAGUUUUAAUAAUUAAAAAUCGUUGGCAUACGUAUUUUUGUUCUUAUGCCAAUUUGUCAGAGCUGGAUGUUUUGGCUCGUUUUCUUAUGGUAGACUGCAAGUAUUCAUCUGUGAAACGACUCCUGUGUGAUGUUUUGUUAAUCUUGAUCACAGAAAACAGUUGCUUAUACAUACAUGUGCUACCCAACAUGCUCAAGGUUCGAGCCACAUGUAGACGAAGCUAAGCAUCUCUUCGGGAAUGAAAUAAGUGAACUAUACAGGACCAACUGUGUCAUGCUUUGCCUUUAGUGUCCCAUUGCACAGCAGCUCUAUUAGCUCCAUCUGAAAUGUAAGGUGCAGUUUCCACGUCUAUAAAAAAUUGGUUACGAAACAGUUCGAAAUUAGAUUUCUGUGCUUUAAAGUUACUAAAGCGCCGUGCGAACUCGGCGCGAAGUUUUUCAGCAAAUUGUGCAUUGGGAAACACCAUAGCGUUGACUUGGAUCUAAUUGUACGCCGGUCAAGACCUCGCAGGCCUGAUAUAAUUGUACGGCCGGACGGAUGUGGCCCUCGGGCCUUGAGUUUGACACAUGUGGUCUACUCUAACAUUUUACCACAGACUUUGACAAUUAUAUCCCCCCCAAGUGGCUAUAAACCCCACACCGAAGUGGCUAUUACCGCACCCCCUAGCGGCUAUUACCGUGCUCCCAAGUGUCUAUUACCACAAGCCAAGUGGGGAUUACCACACCCCAAGUGUCUAUUACCACAACCCAAGUGGCUGUUACCACACCUCAAGUGUCUAUUACUACAAACCAAGUGGCUAUUACCACACCCCCAAGUGGCUGUUACCGCACCGCCAAGUGGCUGUUACCGCACCCCCAAGUGGCUGUUACCACACCUCAAGUGUCUAUUACUACAAACCAAGUGGCUAUUACCACACCCCAUAGUGGCUGUUACCGCACCACCAAGUGGCUGUUACCGCACCCCCAAGUGGCUGUUACCACACCUCCAGUGUCUAUUACUACAAACCAAGUGGCCAUUACCACGCCCCCAAGUGCCUAUCACCACACCUCCAAGUGGCUAUUACCGCACCCCCAAGUGGCUAUUACCACACCCCCAAGUGGCUGUUACCGCACCGCCAAGUGGCUAUUACCACACCCCCAAGUGGCUAUUACCACACCCCCAAGUGGCUGUUACCGCACCGCCAAGUGGCUAUUACCACACCCGCAAGUGGCUGUUACCGCACCGCCAAGUGGCUAUUACCACACCCCCAAGUGGCUGUUACAGCACCGCCAAGUGGCUAUUACCACAACCAUAGUGGCUAUUACAACACCAAGCGUCUAUUACCAACACCCAAGUGUCUAUUACCACACACCCAAGUGGCUAUUACCGAACCCCCAAGUGACUAUUACCGCACCCCAAGUGACUAUUACCGCACCCCAAGUGACUAUUACCACACCCCCAAAUGACUAUUACAGCACCUCCAAGUGACUAUUACCGCACCCCAAGUGACUAUUACCGCACCCCAAGUGACUAAUACCGCACCCCAAGUGACUAUUACCGCACCCCAAGUGACUAUUACCACACCCCCAAAUGACUAUUACCGCACCUCCAAGUGACUAUUACCGCACCUCCAAGUGACUAUUACCGCACCUCCAAGUGACUAUUACAGCACCCCAAAGUGGCUAUUACCACGACCCUAAGUUGCUAUUCGUGCUAUAGAGAAAUUGCGUUACUUUAUAUUUGGAUGCAUAAUUAAAGCUAACGCUUACUCUUCAGGUCUGUGAAACUAUUAUAGUGCUGACGUAGUACAACUCAGCCUCUUAUAAAGCUGAUAUUCUACAACUAAGCCUCUUAUAAAGCUGAUAUUCUACAACUAAGCCUCUUAUAAAGCUGAUAUUCUACAACUAAGCCUCUUAUAAAACUGAUAUUCUAAAACUAAGCCUCUUAUAAAGCUGAUAUUCUACAACUAAGCCUCUUAUAAAACUGAUAUUCUAAAACUAAGCCUCUUAUAAAGCUGAUAUUCUACAACUAAGCCUCUUAUAAAGCUGAUAUUCUUCAACUAAGCCUCUUAAAAAGCUGAUAUUCUACAACUAAGCCUCUUAUAUAGCUGAUAUUAUGUAACUCAGCCUCUUAUAAAGCUGAUAUUAUACAACUCAGCCUCUUAUAUAGCUGAUGUUAUACAACUCAUCCCCUUUAAAAAGCUCAUAUUGUACAACUCAGCCUCUAAUGAAACUGAUAUUCUACAACCCAGCAUAUUAUAACACUGAUGUUGUACAACUCAACUUAUACCUAUGCUUAAUAAAAUGUGAGUGUUGUUGGAAAUAAAAAAAAAAGUCUAUUGAUUAUCUAAUUCUAGUUUUGGAUUCCAUGGGCAAACCAAGCUCGGGCAUUUUUCAGGGCAACUCCAGGUUUAUGGGCAACUUUGACCAGUGUGUGUCCAUCAAUGCUGGGGAUGUCACGGGUGGUCCGAUCACCGGAAUGUUUGCCCAAUUCAAAUUUCAGCUCAAAAUGCCAUCAUCAUCAUUUCCACCUUUACACCUGGCAAUAGUAAGUCAUAGCUACAUGUCAGCUGGAUAGUUUGCUAUGUUUGUAUGGACUCGUACAACUGUUAUGUAUGGACUCUAUCCAAUGUUCCCUCUAAGUUUUGCUGGUUCGUGUGCAAAACCAAGCAGAUGUGUGCAAAGUUUUACAGCAACAAUUUUUUGUAUGCAAAAUGUUACAUCCCACAAACACACACACUGAAAUUAUAUAUAACGAACUUAAGUGCAAAAAAAUUAUAUAAAUAAAAAGGGACUAUAAUUAAAAAAUUAUAAUCGGAAAUAUCCCAAGAGUUCAAUCAAAGCCUUAUUUAUUUCUAUUAUUUAUCCUGUCUUUGGGUCAAUCAACUAAAUUCCAACACAACCAAAUUUGCUGCGCGGUUGCUCAAAACUGCUGCGCGGCGUCUGUGAGAUAGCUGCGCGGCUGCGCAGCCUCGCAGCUUAAAGGGACCAUUAACUCUAUUUGUAUUCUGUAUGGACUCUAUCUGUAAUCUGUAUGGACUCUAUGUGUAUUGUGUAUGGACUCUUUCUGUAUUCAAAUAAAAUGAAUUAAAUUCCAAGUAUACAAACAUAACAUUUUGUCUUAAAAUGGUUUUAAUAUCAUCCCCUUCAGAUGAACCAGGAGGCAGGUUUGCCCAACAUUUUGUGGCAUGUCUGUUUGCCGUCUGCUUGCACUCAGGUUGAUGUCGAGGAAAUCGGAAGAAGACUUGCAGGUUUUUUGUUGUUGUUUGUUUGUUUGUUUGUUUGUUUGUUUGUUUGUAUGUUUUUUGUGUCGUUGUUUUUUUGUGUGUGUUUUUUUUUUUUUGUAAGUUUUAUUCACGAGAUUCAAUAUCUAGUAACAGGAAGUGUUUUAAUUGGUAAUCUACCUGAAAGAUGGACAGCUAAAUAAAUUGAAUUUAAUGUAAAUAUCUUCACAACAAAAAUAAUUUUAUAUAUUUAAAAGUUUUUGAUAAAGUGCCGUUUAUCGACCUAUUUUUUAGAAUGUAUGUGAUUGAAGGGUGGUUUGAAAGUGGUGUUAAAGAAGUUUGAUAGCUGAGUUAGGAACUUUUGGGAGCAUUUUUAAACUUAAAUAAAAUAUGUUUAUAUAUUGUCGUUGUAAGAUUAGAGAAUUUAAUCUCGUAUUUAAUUAAAUGGCUCGUUGUCAAACCGUAGGUAACAGAAGACGAUACCAUAAACUAAAUACAAUAAUAAAGAAACGAUACCCAAACUAGGGCUAUUUAAAAUUUAAUAAUUUUUAAUAGUGUUAUGGUGGACUAGCGGAUGGGACCGUCCUAAUAGCCAACUAGGGCAAAUAGCGCACAUGCGCAGAGAGACUGUAGUCAGAGAGUGGGUGGAAUUGAACAGUGUGUUCCUCCAGACGCAGGCAGGAAGUCAACAAUAUUUUAUGUUUAAUGUUUAUUAUUGGAACUAAAACUAUAGAAAACAUAGCAAAUGGUGGCCAGUAUCUACUACACAGUAUGAUGGUCAGUAUCAACAACCCAGUACAACCCAGAAUUGACUAGUUUUAGACUGAUACACACCAGGGACUUCGUAACUGAAGAAGAGGUCAAAUCUGACCCAAAAGGACAUAAUCCAAAGGCUGAUUCGGCAGAAUGAGUAACUGUUAAAACUAGCAACGGGGCAUAGAGCUAGUAAUAUGAAAUUCACAACUUUCAAUAGUAACGAGGAAACAUUCACGGACUACUACGCUAGAUAUGUGAUCUUCGUGUUAGCAAACAAUGUGCCAAAGGAAAGCCAGGCACACAUUUUCUUAACCAGCCAAACGCCAGAACUCCAUAAAAUGUUGUCAACGCUAGUGCAACAAAGAGACUCACCACAAAACAUCAAUGAUUUAACCAUGGGAGACUUAUAUCGGAUAAUGAUGGAUCACAUUCACUGUCCCUAGAAUGCAGUAAAGACAGAGCUAGCAGAGGCUUAUGAAGCUGGAAUAUCCUCGGGAGUCUGGCUACCAGUACAGUUCAAUCAAUGGGGCACUCCCAUAGUUCUAGUGAGAAAGAAGUCUAUCUCAGGAAAAAAGUCACAAAUUAGGGUCUGUGGGGACCAUGCGAAAACUAUAAAUCAAGAGUUGGAAACACCCAGGCACCCAAUUCCAUUACCUGAAGACCUCAUGAGAAAGUUAGCAGGUGGACAUUAUUUCUCAAAAAUAGACCUAACUGAUGCUUAUAAUCAGAUCAAGCUGGCUAAAGAAACCCAAGAGAAAUAACGGUGUAUGGCUGCAAACACGGUUACCUUUUGGGAUUACCACAGCUCCUGCAUAUUUCCAAGAAAUCGUGGACAAACUUACGCAAGAUUUGCCUGGAGUAGCAGUGUACAUGGACGACAUUCUAGUGAGUGGAAAGAAUGAGGAAGACCAUAUAAUCAACCUUCGCAGGUUAUUACACAGACUGAAUGGAAAUGGAAAAAUGCAUUUUUGCCCAGCAAUCAAUUGAAUAUUUAGGGCAUAAAGUAUCAAGCAAUGGCAAAUUAAAAGGAGGAGACAAAGUAGAUGCAGUUAUAUCCAUGCCAGCACCCACAGAUAUUUCCAGUCUACGAUCAUUUCUUGGUCAAAUGCAGUUUUACAACAAGUUCUUACCAAACCUAUCAACUGUACUUGAGCCACUGUAUUAUUUAACUAAAAAGAACGUAUUAUGGAACUGGAAAACAGAACAAGAAGAAGUUGUUAGGAAAGUCAAGCAAUUGCUUUCUUCUGAUACAGUUCUAGCUCACUAUGAGCCAACUCUAGACAAUGAUAUAGACAUAGCCUGUGACGCCUCUAAUGUUGACAUAGGAAGUGUUCUGUUCCACAGAUAUCCUGAUAGCAGAGAACGCCCUAUUACUAACAUUUCAAAAACUCUCACAAAAACACAACACAAAUAUAGCCAGAUUCAGAAGGAAGCACUGUCAAUUAUUUUUGCACAAUCAAAGUUCCAUCAAUAUCUGUAUGGAAGAAAUUUUGUUUUAGUAACAGACCAUGAACCACUGAUAAGUACAUUUGGUACAGGAAAAGGAACAGCAGCACUGGCAGCAAAUGGUUUAUCCAGAUGUACUCUUAUCAGGUCAAUAUGACUAUAUCAUUGAAUUCCGCACUUCAACUGAACAUUGCAAUGCAGAUGCUCUUAGUCGUCUACUCCCUGGGCCUGAUGACAUUUUUGAUGGUGAAGAAAGUGAAGCAGACAUGGAUUCUGUUUGUAUGAUCAAACAAAUCAGUUUACAGAUCAGACCAACAAACCCAGGAGUCAUUGAUAAAGAGUCACUUAAAGAUUCUACUGUGUCUACCGUAAUAAGAUAUUGUCAAGAAGGCUGGCCGUCCUUUACAAACAAAGCGCACCUGAACAAGGAUGCAGCUAAUAUUACAGCUUUUAAAAAAUAUUCAAGACUCACUCUCCGUGGAGUCGAAUUGUCUAUUUUAUGGUUCAAGAAUUGUGGUACCAAAAAUACUACAAUCUCUGGUUAUCCAAAUCCUGCAUACAGGACAUUUUAGAAUCGAGCGGAAGAAACAGUUAGCCAGAUUAUCUGUAUAUUGCCCAGGCUUGAUGCUAAAAUCAUGGAGAGAGAUCGAACAUGCCAGGCAUGUGCAGAACAUGCCAGGGACCCAAACAAUACAAGUAUCCAACCAUGGAUUCUGCCAGAAAAACCAUGAAGUCGAGUGCAUAUCGACCAUGCCAUUAAUUUUAAGGUAUCACAUUGGCUGGUGAUGUUAAAUGUUUAUUCAAAGUAUCCAUAUAUCCACAAGACAUCUACAUCAACCAAAGCCACCAUUGAUCUUCUUGAGAAAGAUUUUGCUCAUUUCGGCUAUCCUCACACCAUAGUCAGUGACAAUGCUACUACCUUCAUCUCGGAAGAAUUUCAGCAUUUGUAUAAAGAGAGGGGUAUUGUAUAUCUCGCAGGUGCUCCCUAUUAUCCUGCUACGAAUGGAGCUGCCGAACGACUGAUUCAAAGUUUCAGGAGCUCGUUCACUAAAGAAAUCCUCAUUACCAUUAAAGUAAUCUCUACAAGAAUUUCUGCGUCAGUAUUGUAGGACACUAUUGUCUAGUGGACUAUCACCUAGCCAACUGCUGAACAAUCGGCAAAUAAGACCACUUAUUGAUAUUCUAGUUCCCUCUCCUGCUUAUCGACCACAGGGACAACAUCUUAAGGUUUAGACAUCCUUAAUGGGACAAAUAUAAGUCCCAGUCAAUCAUUUAACCGGGAGAUCCAUGUUACGUCAGAAUAUAAUGGAACAACAUUUAGACCAACUUCGCCCCAGGUAUGGAGCAGAAGAAGAUUCAGAACCAGAUUUGGAUAUAAUGACAGGAAGUCCUUACCCAACAGCUCAGGCAGCCCUUAGUCAUCAACCGUCUACACAUCCAGCAACUCGAAGUCCACCUAAGAAGAAGAUUAACCCUCGACAUCCAGAACCUUCAGACUAUGUCAUACCCAGAAGAUCUCAAAGACAACGUCGAGCACCAUUGUUACUGGACCUAUACUUGUUCGGGGAGGUGUUUAGUGGACAAGCGGAUGGGACCGUCCUAAUAGCCAACUAGGGCAAAAAGCGCGCAUGCGCAGAGAGACUGUAGUCAGAGAGUGGGUGUAAUUGAACAGUGUGUUCCGGGAGCAAGCAGGAAGUCAACAUCAUUGAGAACUUGUAUUUAUGUAUGUUUAUGUUGAUGUUUAUUGUUGGAAAUGAAAACAUAGAAAACAUAACAAUUAGGUCAAUUAUAAUUUACAAAAUAAAUAAAAAAGAAAUAAAGAACUACAGCUAUUGACUUACAGUACAAUGAUGGCUUCCACCGGGUACAAUGUUGAGGAAGAUACAAAUAAUAUAAUGUUGAAAAAGGUACUAUGUGGGAAAAAGGGAUGUACACACAAAGAAAGUAAGAAUAAAUAUACAAAAAUCUUCGUCUCGUAAUGACAUCGCAAAUAUUUCUGCCAUAAUAGUGAUAGCCAAAUAUCUGUCUAGGCAUAUAUAUAUAUAUAUAUAUAUAUAUAUAUAUAUAUAUAUAUAUAUAUAUAUAUAUAUAAUAUAUAUUAUAUGUAAGAAUAAAUAUACAAAAAUCUUCGUCUCGUAAUGACAUCGCAAAUAUUUCUGCCAUAAUAGUGAUAGCCAAAUAUCUGUCUAGGCAUAUAUAUAUAUAUAUAUAUAUAAUAUAUAAUUUAGAUUGUUUCAGAGACAUUUCUAGAACGGGCUUACACAUUGUAUUCCUUUCCUGAUAAGUCUCGAUUAUCCGACAGAACUCUAAUAAUAGACGCUAUCGAUUUCAUUUAUUGGUAAACAAGGUCUAGGGAGACUACUUUUAGUUAGCCACUUCUGAGCUUGGGGUCAGCUAAAGUUCAUUCACGGGGGAAGAUGACGUUAAUUAUAUAUUUAUAUACAUAAAUAUGUGUGAAGUAAUUUAAAAGUUAAACAGCAUUGCACAUUUAUAGACAACUCAUUAAGAUAAAGAUGUUUUCUAUAUUCCCUAAAGGUAAUCUCUGUUAUAGAUAUAAGCAAAAUUAUAUCUCUAUCAUAUCUACAGGUAAUGUGGGUGCAGAGUUAAAAGAGACUUAUUUAUACCAACCGAAAACUCCAACAGAAGACAAGUGUUUCAUUAUUGCAGUGUAAGGGCUUUAUUAUUUUAUCACAAAAAAUCUUCUCGAAUAUAUGCCUUAAACCAGGGGUGUCAAACUCAAUCGCUCAGCGGGCUAAAACUCAAAUAACACAUUAGGUUGAGGGCUCAACAGGAUGAACAUUCAAUAAGAGGAAAUUUAAACCUUUUUUAAACAUUAAUAUAAAUUAAAACAGGAAAAUUAUUUAUAUAAUAAAAUUCAUUGGCAUACCCAUUUUUGCACUUAUGCCAAUUUGUCGUAGCUGGAUGUUUGACAUCUUUUUUUUUAUUUUGCAACAAGUUCGUAUAUUUUUAGAGUGAUAUUCUGUUUCAUUCAGAUUCUCAUGAUGGACUGAGAGUGUUCAUCUUUGAGACGACUCCUGUGAUAUUUUGUUAAUCUUCAUCACACAAAACAGAUUUUAUUGUGCUGCUUCUUUAUGUCAAGCCUUGAGUUUAACACAUAUGCCUUAAACAGAUUGCAUUAAUUCUACCCAUUUGCCGUUACAAUAACUCUUCAGCUAUACCUGUCUCUGUCCCAUAGUUAUAUGUGUAUACAUAUCGUAACCACAACCCAUCUUCAUAAUGUGCCAUUGGUUCGUCCGUCAUUAGAUGCUCGUAUAGAUCAACUAAAUCGACCGAAACUUAGACUUCGAGAACCUUACUUUCACAAGCUUUCAUUUAUUGAUUUAAAAAAAGAUAAGUGCUGCCCAGCAAUGAGAGGAUGAGUGACGUAAGGAUACAAACAUUUCUUUGUUCAAACUUCAUGGAAUCCAGAAUAUUGGGAAUUAGAUGUCUAUAAAAGUCAUAAGAGUUUUCAAGAUAUACAACGCAAAUGAACUGAAUGUCAUUAGUAUCGUAUAAUCAUUUCGAGACUUAUUUUGGAGGGUCAUGGAAGUGCAAAGAAAAUAUACGCGACCCUCCUGUCCCAACGGAGGGUCAUGGAGGCGUGUUCUUGUGGGAUGCAUAAACUUUGAUUGUUAAGUAUUCUUGUUUUAUAAUUGAAUAAUUUAAACUAGUGAUAAUUUAAUGUUUAUAUAUAUUUAGGUGUUCUCAUUCUUGGGUUGUAAUUCACUAAUCAUAAGGGGGUGUUUUUAUUUUUUUCAUUUUGGAAAUAAUUGUCUUGCACUAGUUGAUAAUUGAAAUUUUAUUUAGGUUCAUUGAGUGGUUCUCAACCUUGGCUUAGGGGUCACAAACGAUUUCAUAAAUUGUUGUUGUUGUAUUUUUUUUUACACCCAACAAGAACACACAUUUAAAAAUCCAUAUUAUACCUGCACAUAUCAAGACAAUACAAAUUAUUAAAAACACUCGAAAAAGGGAGAUUGUUUAUUAAAAUUAUAUUUAAAAUUUAUCAAUUAUCACCCCUUAAUUUAGCCUCCUUGACCUCCCAUGAGCUUUUAAUAUGGACAAAGGGUCACCCAUAUUUUCUUUGCGUCUUCAUGACCCUCCAAAAUACGGCUUGACAUGAAUAUACUAUACUACUGAUGUCUAUGUCAUAUAUUUAAUACGAUUUUUUCUAUGUUUUGAAGGGCAGUAUUUAGUCUGCUUGGCCUUUGUUGUAUUACGGGCACCAUUCUGGAUGUUUUUAAAAAUGAAGUCACAAGCAAGGAUUCUCAAAUUAGCAAAUCAAGCAUUACACAUGAUCCUAAUCCUGAGGCUGAAAUGAGCAAGGAUGAUGAUGACACUGACGUGAUGUCAAGUAAACCUGUGGUCAAUGGCGUCAAAGUUAUUCUAGACAGAGCACUUGGUCAACGCAACUUUGUUGGGCACAGGGCAUCUUUGGCAGGUAAGGAAUGACUCACAUCUGUUCCAGGCAAGGUAUACUUCAUUUUCUUCAUAAGUCUUAGUUAUCAAUAGUUCACGCCUUUGACGGGUGAGAAAUGUUCGCAUAUUUCAAACUACCUUAACAUUUAAGUUAUGACGUCAACUCUACUUAAUAAAUAUAAUAAAACAAUAAAGAAAAGAAAGAUAAAAGAUAUAGGGAGGGGGGAGGUUCCUUUGACUUGGUAUCAAAUGGUAUCUCAGUGCACCUUUUCGACGUUAGACAGUGAUUAUUCUAUCUAAUGUACCAUUAUGAUAUGUCAGUGAUUUUUCUAUCUAUUUUACCAUUAUGACAUGGAGCAGCGAUUAUUCUAUCUAAUAUACCUUUAUGACUUGGGACUGUCCAUUAUUCUAUCUAAUAUACCAAUAUAAUAACGGGCAGUGAUUAUUUUAUCUAAUGUACCAUUAUGACAUUGGACAGUGAUUAUUCUAUGUUAUGUACCAUUAUGACAUAAGACAGAAAUUAUUCUAUCUAAUGUACCAUUAUGACAUGGGACAGCGGUUAUUCUACAUAAGAAAUAUUAUGACAUGGGACAGUGAUUAUUCUAUCUAAUGUACCAUUAUGGCAUGGGACAGUGGUUAUUCUACAUAAGUAACAUUAUGACAUGGGACUGCAAUUAUUCUAUCUAAUGUGCCAUUAUGACAUAAGAGAGUGAUUAUUCUAUCGAAUGUACCAUUCUGAUAUGGGACAGGGAUUAUUCUAUCUAUUGUAACAUUAUGACAUGGGACAGCGAUUUUUCAAUGUACUGUACCAUUAUGACAUGGGACAGUAAUCAUUCUAGACAAUGUAGCGUAUGACUUGGACAAUGCUUCUUCUAUUAAAUGUACCAUUUUGACAUGGGACAUUCUAUCUAAUGAAUUAAUAUCACGUGGGACAGGGAUUAUUCUAGCCAAUGUAUAAUUAUGACGUGUCAGUGAUUUUUCUAUCUAAUGUACCAUUAACAUGUUGGCUAGUGAUUAUUUUUUCAUUAUGUACGUUCAGCCACUGGAUGCAGUGGUCAAGCAAUUUGACAUGCUGUAUCACAUGUUCGCAGACGAUACACAACUUCAUCAAUCCGUGAUCCCCUCUCAGUUCCCUCAUCUUCUUAGUAUGACGCACAAGUAAGUGGAGUCAGUUAAGCACUGGAUGACCAUAAACAAGCUCAAAUUGAAUGAUGAAAAGACUGCGCUGAUCCCCAUUGCCACUGCUCAUAAGCAAAAAUCUGUAAAAAAAAAAGUGCUAUCACGCAUGGGCUACUGCAAUGCUCUCAUGGUGGGUCUUCCAGCUACGCUCCUGGAUAAAAUUUAAAAAGUACAGAAUAAUGUGGCUCACAUUGUUUUUCGCAAACGCAUUACUCUCUUAGGUAUGCAGACUGAGUUUGCUCAAACAUUGAGAAACCUGGGUGUCUACUUAGACAGAAAACUAUCUAUGGAAAAUCACAUUAACAUUAUUUGCCAGGCGAUUUUUCUAGAGCUGCGCAGAUUUAGUCAUAUCAGAACUUUCUUAACGUUUGAUGCAACAAAGAGGCUGAUGUCUGAAUUUUUGCUAUCACGCAUGGGCUACUGCAAUGAUCUCAUGGUGGGUCUCCCUGCUACGCUCCUGGAUAAAAUUUAAAAAGUACAGAAUAAUGCGGCUCACAUUGUUUUUUGCAAACGCAAAUUUGACUCUGCUAAAACAUUUCUAAGAGAGUUUAAUUGGCUGCUGGUCCGCGGUCGCAUAGAGUACAAAAUUGCAACUUUGUGUUACCGCCUCUUAAAUUCCCUUGCGCCGUCCUAUCUUAAAGCACUCAUGACGCCUUAUGUAUCCACUAGACAGCUCCGCUCAUCCGAUAGUGGAAAAUUAUCGAUACCGGGUGUUCGCCUUGAGACUUACGGAGAGCGCACUUUUGCAUUUGCUGGCCCAACAAUUUGGAAAGCCCUUACAGUUGCUCUCAGAAACAGCCAGACACUGGAGUCCUUUAAAACCGAUUUUUUAAAAACACAUCUAUUUCGCAAACACCUUCUGGGGUGAUGCUAUCUACCAUCUUUUUCCAGUUAAUGUAUAUUGGCGUGUGUUGCUUAUGGUUGAAAUGGGAUGAAAGACUUUGACUUGGUAUGCUCGUAUGUAGUUUUAUAUUGUUGCGUCUGUUUUUAAAUUGUGGUACAUUUUAGAUUGCUUUUUAAUUCUCUUUUUAAUACGGUUGACUUUGUACCUGUUCUUCGAACUUUUUGGGACGAAGCUUGUUUUUCAAAUAAACUUUAUUAUUAUUAUUCUAUCUAAUGUACCAUUAUGACAUUAGACAGUUAUUAUUCUAGCCAAUUCACCAUAAUUACGUGGGACGGGGAUUAUUCUAUCUAAUGUUCCAAUAUGACAUGGAACAGCGAUUAUUCUAUCUAAUAAAAAAUUAUGACUAGGGACAGUAAUUAUUCUAUCAAUGUAUCAUUUUAACAUGGGUCAGUGAUUAUUUUAGCCAAUGUACCAUUAUGACGUGAGACAGCAAUUAUUCUAUCUAAUGUACCAUUAUGGCUUUAGACAGUGAUUAUUCUAUCUAAUGUACCAUUGAUACGUGGUACGGUGAUUAUUCUAUCUAAUGUAUCAUUAGGACGUGGGACAGCGAUUAUUUAUUCUAGCCAAUUUACAAUGACAACAGUUAAAUUUCAGCAGACACCAACUUUUGUUUGAUUGGAAAUUGUGAUAAAAAUCCAAAUAUUACAUUGGGUUAUAAUAAAACAAGAUAUCUGGCGUUUGUAAUCAAACAACACACAUUAAUUAGUGUUUACACUACUCAGAAAGUAAUAAUAUUGAUACACAAGUUUUUAAAUUAUUUUUUAAUAGAACUUGGAGGGCAAAGGUCAAUUGAGCAAGAGAGGCGAAGGUCACUUGAGCAAUUUAGGCUGAGACAAGUUUCACAAGAACAGGAUGCACUACGACGCGAGUCACAAGGCAAUAACGCUUAUAGACAACAGUCACAAGGUCUGACUGCCUUCAGCCAAGAUUCACCAGAUCUAAAUGCACUGAGACGCGAGUCACAAUUAUUAAGUGCUGUUCGACGCGAGUCACAACAAUCAAGUGCCCCGAGACGGGAGUCUCAUACACUCGAUGCUGUAAGGCGCGAGUCACUGCCACAAGGUGCCUCUAAUCUAGAUUCUUUAAACCAACGAGAUUCCUUUGGACAAGGGACAAGGCACGAUAUUCAUGGGCAACGUCGAGAUGCUGAGAACUCUGACAAUAUCGCAGUCAAUCAAAAUGAUGGACCACGGAAAAUUGGUGAGAUAACAAACCGCCAUAUUUAAGUCCAAUGUGAAUGGAUCCAUUACCUAGAGGCCAAAGGUCGGCAACCUGUUGUUGAUUAAACAGUCAUUUUAUCAAUUAAUAUGUUACAAAAUUAUAUAGGAAGACAAAAACAGGGGCGGGUGUGAGAAUGAAAGUAAGCAUGACACCUGGAGAUGGGGAGAAUGAAAGUAAGCAUGACACCUGGAGAUGGGGAGAAUGAAAGUAAGCAUGACACCUGGAGAUGGGGAGAAUGAAAGUAAGCAUGACACCUGGAGAUGGGGAGAAUGAAAGUAAGCAUGACACCUGGAGAUGGGGAGAAUGAAAGUAAGCAUGACACCUGGAGAUGGGGAGAAUGAAAGUAAGCAUGACACCUGGAGAUGGGGAGAAUGAAAGUAAGCAUGACACCUGGAGAUGGGGAGAAUGAAAGUAAGCAUGACACCUGGAGAUGGGGAGAAUGAAAGUAAGCAUGACACCUGGAGAUGAGGAGAAUGAAUGUACACAUGACACCUGGAGAUGGGGAGAAUGAAUGUACACAUGACACCUGGAGAUUGGGAGAAUGAAUGUACACAUGACACCUGGAGAUGGGGAGAAUGAAUGUACACAUGACACCUGAAGAUGGGGAAAUGAAUGUACACAUGAGACCCGGAGAUGGGGAGAAUAAAUGUACACAUGACACCUGGAGAUGGGGAGAAUAAAUAUACACAUGACACCUGGAGAUAUGGAGAUUAAAAGUACCCAAGACACCUGAAGGUGGGGAGAAUGCAUGUAUACAUAACACCUGGAGAGUGGAAGAAUAAAUGUACAUAUUACACCUUCAGAUCGGGAAAAUGAAUAUACACAUGAAACCUGGAGUAAUAUUUUACUUCGGAUAUUACAAUUUUAAAACCACGCUAAAAAUAAAUAUUAUAUUUCAAUUAUUUAUUUGCACAUUUCAAGUCACAAAAUAAUAAUUAUGUCUUAGUGAAAAAAGACGCAUUGAUUUAUUCAAAGUGACUUAUGAUCAAGACUUCUUUUUGUCUUUUGUUUCAAAAAAAUGGUGUGGGGUCAGAGGUCGGCUUGAUAAGAUGACAAAAAAUAGAUAUUGUGUUCAUGUUAAUGGGUUUUCCGUCUCCAGGUUUGUUAAGCAGGUUUUUCCUGGCAUUCUCUUUGACCAGCAACCUGUCAGAAAUUCUCAAGGCCAAGCAUGCAUCUGGUGAUAUCACAUGUCUGCAUGGUAUUCGCGUGCUUAGCAUCAGCUGGGUAAUACUUGGCCAUAACUACUACAUGGCUCCUCAGUUCGGUAAGUUAGGACAAUGUGAUGGCUUGGUAAUUUAGGACAAUGUGUCGGCUUGGUAAGUUAGGACAAUGUGAGGGUUUUGUAAGUUAGGACAAUGUGAUGAUUUGGUAAGUUAGGACAAUGUGACGGUUUUGUAAGUUAGGACAAUGUGAUGGUUUGAUAAGUUAUGGGUAUGUGUCAGUUUGGUAAGUUAUGGUAAUGUGUUGGUUUGGUAAGUUAGGACAAUGUGACGGUUUGAUAAGUUAGGACAAUGUGACGGCUUGGUAAGUUAGGACAAUGUGACGGUUUGGUAAGUUAGAAGAAUGUGACGGUUUGGUAAGUUAGGACAAUGUUACUGUUCGGUGAAAAUAUUCACAGCCUCCUUCUCACCCAGUGACUUCAGUACAUGCUGAUUGAAUAUUGUGUGAACACAGGUAGCUCAGUAAUUUCAGAAUGUGACAGGUUUAAUCUUAUGUGAACACAAGUAGCCCAGGUAGGGCUCGGUCCCAGGUCCGGUGCUUUUCACUAUGUACGUUCAUCCCUUGGGUACAGUGCUCACUCAUUGCCCAUGACACCUGAUGUCUUGCAGACGGAAACUGUACCACAAGACCUCAAAGAUGUCUCCAUUAUCCACCUGUACAAACACAAAGGAAACCGCCAGGCAUGCGAAAAUCACAUCAGAAUUUCACUACUGUCCUUUGCGGGCAAGAUCUUGGCCCGAGCCCUUCUGAACCGCCUGAAUGCACAUCUGGAGCUAGGUCUCCUACCCGAAACUCAAUGCGGUUUCCGAAAAAAACGUGGAACCAUCGAUAUGGUGUUUGCUGCUAGACAGCUUCAAGAGAAAUGCCUGGAAAAAAAUACAGACCAAUAUUCUACAUUUAUCGACUUGAAUAAGGCCUUUGACAGGGUCAAUAGAGGUGGCUUGUGGAAAAUCAUGAAGAAAUACGGAUUCCCAGACAAGUUCACCUACAUCAUCCGUCAGCUGCAUGAUGGUAUGAUGGCCCGAGUGCAGGACAACGGUCAAUCAUCUCAAGCAUUCCACGUCACAAACGGUAUAAAGCAGGGUUGUGUUCUUGCUCCCACACUCUUCAGUAUUAUGUAUUCCGCAAUGCUGUCUGAUGCGUUUAAGGACUCCACCAUGGGCUUGCCAAUCAGGUUUCGUACUGAUGGAUGAGUAUUUAACCUUAGGUGGCUUCAAGGUAAAACCAAGGUCAAACAUAACACCAUUAACGAGCUUCUGUUUGCAGACGAUUGUGCCUACAACGCUCCCUCAGAAGCCGUCAUGCAACACAGCGUUGAUGUCUUCUCUGAGGCCUGCAAUAAUUUUGGCCUCACAAUCAACAGAAAUAAGACUGAGUUGAUAUAUCAGCCAGCUCCCAGUAAGCCCUACGAUCAACCCAACAUCAUUAUCAGUGGACAGCGUCUCAACCCAGUGGAUAAAUUUACUUACUUAGGCAGCACCUUCUCUAGAUCUGUCGUCAUGGAUGAUAAAUGAAUGGCAGACUCGCAAAAGCUUGUGCCAUAUUUGGCAGGCUCCGCAGCACUGUUUGAGACAGGAGAGGUAUCAGACGAGAAACAAAGCUCAAGGUCUAUAGCGCAGCAGUCCUCCCGACACUGCUCUAUGGAUGUGAAACGUGGACAGUCUACCAGCGUCAGGCCAAGAAACUGAAUCAUUUUCACACUACCUGCCUCAGGAAACUCCUCGGCAUCAGGUGGCAAAACAAAGUCCCCGACACCGAGGUCCUCGCUAGAGCAAACUUAUCUAGUAUCUUCACCACUCUGAUACAGUCUCGGCUCCGUUGGACGGGACACGUAGCCCGUAUGGAAGACCACCGGCUCCCGAAACAAUUUUUCUUCGGAGAACUCACGACAGGCAAGCGCUCCCAAGGAGGUCAAAAAAAAACGUUGCAAAGACUCACUGAAAGCGGCACUAAAGGCCUUUAGCAUAAACGCUACUCAAUGGGUGCAGACAGCCCAUGAUAGAGCCAGGUGGAGAGCUGCUGUCAAGAAGGGGGCUAAAUCCCGUGAAGCUAAUAGAGUAACCACAGCUGAAACACGCAGGCUUGUCCGAAAGAGAAACAUUAGGACACCGUCUGAAGCAACUAUUCCAUGCCCACGGUGUCAAAGAUUAUUCCGAGCAAUGAUCGGUCUAGCAAGCCACCUACGAGCUCACCGUAAUCCCAACCUCCCCCUAACCGGAUGAAUCGAUGGUCCUAGUCGACUUCGACGAACGAACAACAACUACAGUGAUCAAGAAGUUUGAUAUGCUCUAUCACAUGUUAGCGGCUGAUACCCGACUUUAGCAAUCCGUGACCCCCUCUCAGUUCCCUCAACUUCUUAGUAUGACACAGAAGACAGUGGAGUCAAUUAAGCACUGGAUGACCAUAAACAAGCUCAAAUUGAACGAUAAAAAGACCGAGCUGAUCCCCAUUACUACCGCUCAAAAGCUAAAAUCUGUAAAUAACACACUAUCCCUUUUAUCUCUUAGGUGUACAGAUAGGGUUUUCUCAAACAGUGCGAAACCUGGGCGUCUACUUAGACAGAAAACUAUCUAUGGAAAAUCACAUUAACAUUAUUUGCCAGGCGAUUUUUCUAGAGCUGCGCAGAUUUAGUCAAGACAGACCUUUCUUAACGUUUGAUGCAACAAAGAGGCUUAUGUCUGAAUUUUUGCUAUCACGCAUGGGCUACUGCAAUGCUCUCGUGGUGGGUGUUCCAGCUACGCUCCUGGGUAAAAUUUAAAAAGUACAGAAUAAUGCGGCUCGCAUUGUUUUUUGCAAACGAAAAUGUGACUCUGCUAAAACACUUCUAAGAGAGUUUAAUUGGCUGCCGGUCCGCGGUCGCAUAGAGUACAAGAUUGCAACUCUGUGAUACCGCUGCUUGCAUGAUCUGGCGCUAUCCUAUCUCACAGCGCUCAUGAAGCCUUAUGUACCCAUUGACAACUCUGCUCAUCCGAUAGUGGCAAACUCUCGAUACCACGUGUUUGCCUUGAGACCUACGGAAAGCGCACUUUAGCAUUUGCUGGGCCAACAAUUUGGAACGCCCUUCCAGUUGCUCUCAGAAACAGCCGGACACUGGAGUCCGUUAAAACCGAUUUAAAAACACAUCUAUUUCGCAAACACCUUCUGGGGUGAUGCUAUCUGCCAUCUUUUUUCCAAUUAAUGUAUAUUGGCUUGUGUUGCUUAUGAUUGAAAUGGGAUGAAAGACUUAGAAUGGGUAUUCUCGUAUGUAGUUUUUAAUGUUGCGUUUUGUAUUUAAAUGUGGUAAAUUAUGGAUUUUUUCAAUUCUGCUUAAAAUGGAUGACUUUGUACCAAGCUUCGAGCCUUUGGUGAUGAAGCAUGAUUUUCAAAUAAGCUUUAUUAUUAUUAUUAAUUUCAGAAUGUGACUGGUUUGUGUUUAAGUGAAUACUUAUAUCAAAAUAACUAUAGUAUCUGAUGUUUUUGUUGUUGUUUUUUUUUUAAAUUAAUUUUUAUUAAUCCAGGUAACACAUUAACCUUUGUGGACAUGACAAAAUGGUGGACCAUACAAGUCAUAUUCAAUGGAACGUUUUCAGUGGACACUUUCUUCUUGCUAAGGUAAAUUUGAAAGGAACUAUAACCCCUUUCCUUGGCUGUUAGACUGGAUGGUGUGCUGGUGAUUUUGAAGUUCAUCAUAGCAGUAAACACACUUCCUUAUGAUCAUAACCAUGUCGUAUGCUUGAUGUUGACAUUUGUAAUGGCUCGCUAUUGCUUGAUGUUGACAUUUGUAAUGGCUCGAUAUUUAACAGGUGAACAUUAUGGUGGUGGUGGGUUUUUUUUAAAUAAUGUUGUGGGAAACAUUAUUUUAAACAACACUUUUAAAAUAAUAAAACUGAGUUCCAUAAUACAAAGAUGUGGGCCCUAAUGGCUCUGCAGAUAAUUUAAUUACUCAUCUUGUCUUGUGUUUGGCGUUUUGAUCUUGUCGCCUUCAUGGUUUAUCUAAUUUUGCUCUGGCUCUGAUAUCAAAAAGCUCCAGUUUGCAUGUUAUUGUAUUGAAAGUGAAACAUGACUUUUACAAAACCUCAAAUGACCAGUUUUUUAAAGAAAACCUUUUGUUCCAUAAUGCAUGUUUUAUAAGCUCUUUUUAUCACAUUUAAUUAACUUUAUAUAUACAGAGAGAUUAUCCGUAUAAAAAAACAAGAAAACACUUAAAAUGUAAUGAAUUGAUGAGUUUGAUUUUCUCUCUCCAAAUCGAGAGGAUAAUGCCAGAAUAUAUAUAUAUAUAUAUAUAUAGUUAUAAAGGUGCUGAUUCGUGAACUGAUGUUCCCUGAAGAUGCCGUCUUAACAUCUCACACAGAAGAAGGUCUUCAGGGGUUGGUUAAUCAUCUAUCACACGCUUGUAAAGAGUUUGGACUGUCAAUUAUAAAUCUACAGAAAACACAUGGCAUGAUGCAAGAAGCGCCGUCCCCUCAAAUCAUAUCUAUUCAGGGCCAUAAUCUUUCGGUUGAUGAGCAUUUCACAUACCGUGGAUCCAAUAUUUCUAGUUCUCUCUCCGUUGAUGAGGAGAUAAAUAUCAGGAUUGCAAGAGCAGCAUCAACUAUGGCUAAACUGAAUAAGCGGGUGUGGAAUAAUCUCAAUCUACCUGAUAAAACAAAAAUAAGUGUCUAUAAGGCAUGUGUGCUUAGUACGCUCCUAUAUGGCAGCGAAGUGUGGACCACAUAUAUCAGCCAUGAGAAGGCACUCAACAGCUUCCAUCAAAGAUUCUGCGUCGCAUUUUACGCAUUCGAUGGCAGGACAAGGUUCCUAAGACGGAGGCCUUGGAACGUGCACAAAUGUUUAGCAUAUGCUCCGCUCUUAGCUAGAGGCGUCUUCGCUGGUUAGGUCAUGUACGGAGAAUGGAGGAAGGACGUAUCCCAAAGAUUCUGCUGUAUGGAGAGUUGGCAGAGGGGACAAGACAUAUUGGUCAUGUACGGAGAAUGAAACGAAGCCCCUGCAAAAAAAAAGAACAAUAUGGAAGUAAAAAUCUUACCAGAAAUCAAUAUUCUCCUGUGAGAAAUGCAGUCGAGAUUGUCAUUCUAGGAUUGGCCUAGUGAGCCACUUGUCCAAGUGUAGGACUACAUAGCUAUUCCAUCGUCUAGCGAAGACGGAAGGAUGAUAUAUAUAUAUAUUUAUAUUUAUAUGAUAUUAAUAGAUUAUUGUGAAAUUGUUAACAAGUACCCUGUUAUAUAUGAAGAGUAUCCCAUUUUCGUCUAUUGAUUAUUACUUAAUUUUAUUUUUAUUUAUUCAUUGAUUUCUUUUGGAAAGGAUGGUUGGGGCAUACGCUGUUAAACAGAUUUGAACUUUUUAGUUUACAUGAGAUGAGAUCUCCUCUUAGGUUAUAUGAAAAUGAGUUCGAAAAGAGAGAAAAUGGUAUGUCUGUUGGUUUAACAUCUGAAUGUUGUUGUUUUUUUAAUAUUUUUUUUUAUCGUCAGUGGUUGUCUCGUUUCCUUCCUGUUCCUUCGAGAAGUCAACAAAUCAGGUGGCCUCAAAGCAACACAAGUCAUUAUGUAUUACACUCACAGGUUGCUCAGGUAAGACAAAGGUUAUGCUCACAGGUUACUCAGGUAAGACAAUGUUAUGCUCACAGGUUACUCGGGUAAGGCAAAUGUUAUGCUCAUAGGUUACUUGGGCAAGAAAUGUGUUUUACUCAAAGAAUACUCCGGUAGGGCAGGUAUUAAACUUACAGGUUACACCGGUAAAUCAGAAGGUGUAAAUUCUUAUAUUGACCGGCUACUCAGAUAUCCAAGUUUCACCUCCGUAUGUCUUUUACGCUUAUCACUCUGUAUGCCCCUUAAACGUAUCACUCUGUAUGCCCUUUACACUGAUCACUCUGUAUGCCCUUUACACUGAUCACUCUGUAUGCCCUUUACACUGAUCACUCUGUAUACCCUUUAUACUUAUCACAUUGUAUGCUCUUUACACUUAUCACUAUGUAUGCCCUUUAUACGUAUCACUCUGCAUGCCCUUUACUCUUAUCACGCUGUUUCCCUUUACACCUAUCACUCUGUAUGCCCUUUACAAUUAUCUCUCUGUAUAAAUUCAUUCUUACAACCAUAUGUCCUUCAGACUAACCCCGCUCUAUGCACUUGCCAUCCUGUUCUACACUGGCAUCACACCUUAUUUAGAGACUGGACCAUUCGCAAGACCAAACCAUGACAGGGAUGUUGUCUGCAGAGAUGUUUGGUGGUGGAACUUACUCUAUAUCAGCAACUUCAUUAACGAUGGAACAUUUGUAAGUAAAGAGUACUUUAAUGAAACAUAUGUAAGUAAAGAGUACUUUAAAGGAAUAUUAAUAAGUAAAGAGAACACCAAUGGAACAUUUCUAAGUAAAAAGUACUUCAAUGGAACAUUUGUAAGUAAAGUGUACUUCGAUGGAACAUUUGUUAGUAAAGAGUGCUUCAACGGAAUAUUAAUAAGUAAAGAGUACUUCAAUAGAAUAUUUGUAAGUAAAUAGUACUUCAUUGGAAUGUUUUUUAAGUGAAGAGUAGUUCAAUGGAAUAUUUCUAAGUAAAGAGUACUGCCAUUAAGUCACUGUAACAUCAUUAUUGAAAUAGUUAACAUCUAUCACAUAGUUUCCUUAUGUAACUUUUAUGUAUUUUAUAUAUUAUAGAAUAGUAUACAUAUUUUUUACUCGCACAUGACUUAAGUCACAUCUUUAUGUCACUUGUAAUGGAUAUCAGUCACAUGGGUAAAUAAUAUAUGUCAAUCGUACAUGACAACAAUGUCACAUUAUAUUCUUCCAGUGCAUCCAGUGGUCCUGGUACCUCCCUAACGACAUGCAGUUUUAUUUCCUGGCUCCACUGGUUCUCAUACCUAUAGCCCUGGGGUAAGCCUGCGUGAGCCCUUAAUAAAAAAAAAUUGUUUUUUGUAUGUUUGGGUGAGUUAUAUGGUUGUACACUUUACCCGAUUUGUGUACACCUGUUCAAGAUGUUUUUCCUCAUAUUCAAGAUAUUUGUAUAUCUGAUCAACAUGUUUGUACAACUGAACAACGUGUUUGUAUACCUGACCAAGAUGUUUCUAGAUACGACAAAGAUGUUUGUACACCUGACCAGUUUUUUGUUUACAUCUGACCAAGAUGUUUGUACAUUGUUUCUUGACAUGACCAGGGUGUUUAAGAACAAGGUUUUUUCUACCUGGCAUCACUAAGUAGAACAUUAAGUCAUUAUACAUGCUUGUAAAGAGAGCUAAGUCAUUAAACCCGCCUGGGUAGAGAGCUAAGUCAUUAUACCCGCCUGGGUAGAGCGCUAAUUGAUUAUACCCGCCUGGAUAGAGAGCUAAGUCAUUAUACCCGCCUGGGAAGAGAGUUGAGUGAUUAUACCGUCUGGGUAGAGAGUUAAGACAUUAGACCCGUCUGGGUAGAGAGGUAAGACAUCAGACCCACCUGGGUAGAGAGCUAAGUGAUUACACCCGCCUGGGUAAAAAUCUAAGUCAUUACACCGGCCUGGAUAGAGAGCUAAGUCAUUAUACCCGCCUGGGUAGAGAGCUAAGCCUGGGUAGAAAGAUAAGUCCUUAUACCCGAGAUUUUAAAAGCAUUCUUUGUUGUUUGUUUAAAAAACUAUAUUUUCCUCAAUAAUAAUAAGUUACAGAUUAAAAUUUAAUACUAUGCAGAUUUUUUUUUUUCGAAUUUUUCAAAGAGGAGUUUAAACGCAGAAAUUAUGUGUUUAUAUUUUGUUGGUUUUUUUUUAAUCGUAAAAACUCUUUAAAUGUAUUACGAAAAGGAAUUUACCUGCAGAAAAUAUUUUUCAAAAUUAAAAAAAUUAAUUAAACAUAUUAAAGUUUUUUUUCUACGUUUAAAUCUAAUCCUUUGGAUUCAUAGAGUGCCUUGAAACUACCUCUCUGCCUAGGCUUUCUUUUAGUCAAGAAUGUUUGACCUUGAAUGUGUCCAUUUAAUGUAGCAACUCACACAAAUGGGUUGUGUCUUUCCAUCUGCUUUAGCGUAACCUCACUCCAACCGUCACUUAAAUCUGUAUUUCCCAUCGCCCCUUGUCUGAUCUGCAGCUAUCAGUACCUCGGACUGCUAGUUGCUCUCCUCCAGUUGGCCUGUCAUUUAGCCUCCUUCACAGUAUUGGAAGAAAAAUACAACGCCAGUUUAUUCAGGUCUGUACCGUCAUCGGGAAAAAAUCACUAUAACUUCACAGGGAAAUCUCAGUAAAACGUGCGAGGGAAAUCCCACUAUAACUUGACAGCGAAGUCUCACUAUUACGUGCCAGUGAAACCUCACCAUAACUUCACAGGGAAAUGUCAGGAUAACGUUACAGUGAAAACUCACUAUUACGUGACAGUGCAACCUCACUAUAACUUGACAGUGAAAACUCACUAUAACGUGACAGUGCAACCUCACUAUAACUUGACAGUGAAAACUCACUAUUACGUGACAGGGCAAUCUCACUAUAACGUGACAGAGAAACCUCACUAUAACGCGAUAGAUAUGGUUCAUGCAAUUGUAUCUCGUUGAUAGAUGAUUCUUGCUAAUACAAGGAUUUACAAUAUUGUUAUGUAACCUAUUUUCCUUGCUCUAAAUGCGAUUGUUUAACACCAUUUGCAUCUUCUUUGUAUUCUUUAGAAACCCUGGCAAUUAUUUAGCCAAAAUCUACAUCAAACCAUGGACUCGUGUUGGCCCCUAUGCUUUAGGACUCAUCCUUGGUUUCAUGCUGUUCAAGACAAGAAGUCAAGCCAGGCUUCAUAAGGUCACUCAUUGGUCACUUGCAAACCAAUGCCAUAGAAAGAUAGGAAUGUCUUUAAAUGAGAAGUCAUGAGAUGGGGAUGUCAGAUGGGGAUGUCAGAUGGGGAUGGCAGAUGGGGAUUCGUGAGAUGGGGAUGUCAGAUGGGGAUGUCAGAUGGGGACUCAUGAGAUGGGGAUGUCAGAUGGGGAUGUCAGAUGGGGAUGUCAGAUGGGGAUGUCAGAUGGGGAUGUGAGAGGGGGGUGUGCGAGGGGGGUACGUGAGAUGGGGAUGAGGGGGAUGUCAGACGGGGAUGUGAGAUGGGGAUGUCAGAGGGGGAUGUCAGAUGGGGAUUCAUGAGAUGGGGAUUCAUGGGAUGGGGAUGUCAGAUGGGGAUUCAUGAGAUGGGGAUGUCAGAUGGGGAUGUCAGAUGGGGAUGUCAGAUGGGGAUGUCAGAUGAGGAUUCAUGAGAUGGGGAUGUCAGAUGGGGAUGUCCGAUGGGGAUGUCCGAUGGGGAUGUCCGAUGGGGAUUCAUGAGAUAGGGAUGUCAGAUGGGGAUGUCAUGAGAUGGGGAUGUCAUGCGAUGGGGAUAUCAAAUAAGGCUGUCACGAGUUCAAGAUGUCUUCAGAUUGGGAUGUUAUGUGAUCUUUUUUCAUGAGAACGGAAUGUCUUUAGAUGGUGAUAUUAGAUGGGAUGUCUUUAGAGGAUGAUAUUAGAUGAGAUGUCUUUAGAGAGUGAUAUUAGAUGGGAUGUGUUUAGAGGGUGAUAUUAGAUGGGAUGUCUUUAGAGGGUGAUAUUAGAUGAGAUGUCUUUAGAGGAUGAUAUUAGAUGGGAUGUCUUUAAAGGGUGAUAUUAGAUGGGAUGUCUUUAGAGGGUGAUAUUAGAUGGGAUGUCUUUAUAGGAUGAUAUUAGAUGGGAUGUCUUUAAAGGAUGAUAUUAGAUGAGAUGUCUUUAGAGGGUGAUAUUAGAUGGGAUGUCUUUAGAGGGUGAUAUUAGAUGGGAUGUCUUUAGAGGGUGAUAUUAGAUGGGAUGUCUUUAUAGGAUGAUAUUAGAUGGGUUGUCUUUAAAGGAUGAUAUUAGAUGAGAUGUCUUUAAAGGGUGAUAUUAGAUGGGAUGUCUUUAGAUGGUGAUAUUAGAUGGGAUGUCUUUAGAGGGUGAUAUUAGAUGGGAUGUCUUUAUAGGAUGAUAUUAGAUGGGAUGUCUUUAAAGGAUGAUAUUAGAUGAGAUGUCUUUAGAGGAUGAUAUUAGAUAGGAUGUCUUUAGAGGGUGAUAUUAGAUGGGAUGUCUUUAGAGGAUGAUAUUAGAUGGGAUAUCUUUAGAGGGUGAUAUUAGAUGGGAUGUCUUUAGAGGAUGAUAUUAGAUGGGAUGUCUUUAAAUGGUGAUAUUAGAUGGGAUGUCUUUAGAGGGUGAUAUUAGAUGGGAUAUCUUUAGAGGGUGAUUUCUUUAGAGGGUGAUAUUAGAUGGGAUGUCUUUAGAGGAUGAUAUUAGAUGGGAUGUCUUUAAAUGGUGAUAUUAGAUGGGAUGUCUUUAGAGGGUGAUAUUAGAUGGGAUAUCUUUAGAGGGUGAUAUUAGAUGGGAUGUCUUUAGAGGAUGAUAUUAGAUGGGAUGUCUUUAGAUGGUGAUAUUAGAUGGGAUGUUUUUAGAGGAUAAUAUUAGAUUUGACGUCUUUAGAGGAUGAUAUUAGAUGGGAUGUCUUUAAAUGGUGAUAUUAGAUGGGAUGUCUUUAGAGGGUGAUAUUAGAUGGGAUGUCUUUAGAGGGUGAUAUUAGAUGGGAUGUCUUUAGAUGGUGAUAUUAGAUGGGAUGUCUUUAGAGGGUGAUAUUAGAUGGGAUGUCUUUAGAGGGUGAUAUUAGAUGGGAUGUCUUUAGAGGGUGAUAUUAGAUGGGAUGUCUUUAGAGGGUGAUAUUAGAUGGGAUGUCUUUAGAGGGUGAUAUUAGAUGAGAUGUCUUUAGAGGGUGAUAUUAGAUGGGAUAUCUUUAGAGGAUGAUAUUAGAUGGGAUGUCAUUAGAUGAGGUUGUCCUAUGAUUGAAAUUUUAUGAGAUGAGGAUGUCAUCAGAUACGGAUGUCAUAACAUUGGGAUGUCAUAAGAUGUGAUGUCAUGAGAUAGGGAUGUCAUAAGAUGGGAUAUCAUGAGACAGGAUGUCGUCAUGAGAUAGGAUAUCAUGAAAUAAGAUGUCAUGAGAUAAGAUGUUAUGAGAUAGGAUGUCAUGAGAUAGGAUGUCAUGAGAUCGUGCAUAGGACAGUGCACGUAAAGUACCCAAAAGUUGCAUGUCCUGAAAGUACAUAACAGUUGUAUGUCCUGAAUGUACACAACAGCUGUAAGUCCUGAACGUACACAACAGUUGUAUGUCCUGAAAUACACAACAAUUGUACCACUAGGUACUGAAAGUACCCACACAACAUUUGUAUGUCCUGUUCGCCAUGUAUAUUAAUUGUUAUUUAUGUUCUGUUCGCCAUGUCUAUUCUUUGUUACUUCUGGUUUCAACUCUAAAUGUUUACAGAGAUUUUGCGUUUUAAAUGGUCAAACUAAAAUGCUUCACUUUCCAUGCAAAUACUAGUAACAUUUGGGUGGAUGAUAUCCAUUAACUUUCCAUGCAGAUACUGGUAACAUUAGGGUGGAUGAUAUCCAUUAACUUUUAAAGCAGAUACUGGUGACAUUUGAGUGGAUGAUAUCCAUUAACUUUCCAUGCAGAUACUGGUAACAUUAGUGUGGAUGAUAUCUAUUAACAUUCCAUGCAGAUACUGGUAACAUUUGGGUGGAUGAUAUCCAUUAACUCUCCAUGCAGAUACUGGUAACAUUAGGGUGGAUGAUAUCCAUUAACUUUUAAAGCAGAUACUGGUGACAUUUGAGUGGAUGAUAUCCAUUAACUUUCCAUGCAGAUACUGGUAACAUUAGGGUGGAUGAUAUCCAUUAACUUUCCAUGCAGAUACUGGUAACAUUAGGGUGGAUGAUAUCCAUUAACUUUUAAAGCAGAUACUGGUGACAUUUGAGUGGAUGAUAUCCAUUAACUUUCCAUGCAGAUACUGGUAACAUUAGGGUGGAUGAUAUCCAUUAACUUUUAAAGCAGAUACUGGUGACAUUUGAGUGGAUGAUAUCCAUUAACUUUCCAUGCAGAUACUGGUAACAUUAGGGUGGAUGAUAUCCAUUAAAUUUUCAUGCAGAUACUGGUAACAUUUGGGUGGAUGAUAUCCAUUAACUUUCCAUGCAGAUACUGGUAACAUUUGGGUGGAUGAUAUCCAUUGGUGGUGCACUGGCCCUUGUCUAUGUCACCUACGACUACACGAAAAAUGGCGUGACGUCACUGUCAUGGACUGACAACUCCAUUAAUGCCUAUGAGAUCCUCAGGAGUCCGAUGUGGGCCAUAUGUAUUGGCUGGGUGAUCUUUGCCUGUGCCUCAGGCUACGGAGGUAACAGAUGUUGUCCCCUCCAUGGCCAUACGUGUUGGUUGGGUAUUGUUGUUCCAAGCUAUGGAGAUCAUUUAUGUGGUCCUGUGUUAAUCGUAUAUGUACGCUGGUUGGUGUUUGCCUGUGAUGUGGGUCAUGGAGUAAAUUCCAGUGGUGCAGUUAUGAUUUUUUUUUUAUGCUGUUGCAGGUGUCUUUCUCCAAAGUUGUGAUAAAAAAAUCAUUCAGAUCGCCGUUCAUGUGUUAGGUGAUCGCAAAAUAAAGUGAUCCUGUUUGUAUAACAUAUAGACCAGCAUUGAGUUAGUGCUAAACACAGCUAAUGAACAUGCCCCAUUGGCAUAUAAAACCCACAUCUUAUAAACAUGUCACAUUGGCAUAAAAAACACACAUCUAAUAAACAUGUCACAUUGGCAUAUAAAUUCCCACAGCUAAUAAACACGCCCCAUUGACAUAUAAAAACACAGCUAAUAAACAUGCCCCACUAGCAUAUAAAACAUAUUAAUUUCAAUCCGUCUUCACAAAAAUUUCCAUCAGUCAUACCAUCCCUAAAACCAUCACCUGGUACAAUAGGCCCCCUCAACAUAACUGAAACAGGAGUAGAAAAACUUCUCCAAAACCUGAAACCCAAUAAAGCGCCCGGACCUGACUGUAUCCCGAACAUUGUCCUGAAGACCCUGGCUGACAACAUUGCCCCAACCAUGACCCACAUUUUCCAAAAGCCGCUUGGCUCCAGCAAACUCCCGCUAGACUGGCUUGAUGCAAAUAUCAAUAGUGCCUACAAGAAAGGUGACAGUCAUAUCCUAGCAAACUACCGCCCAAUAUCCCUGACCUCCGUCCCAUGCAAAAUCCUAGAACCUAAUCUGUCACCACAUCUUGGCCCACCUUGAACACUACAACAUCUUGACCAACCUAAACCACGGUUUCCGCUCUGGAUUCUCAACAGAAACUCAAUUAAUCAUCACCACCAAUGAACUCCUUGCCUCCUAUGACAAAGGUAAACAGAUCGACAUUCUCAACUUCUCCAUGGCCUUCGACACUGUUCCACACAGCCUUGUUCUACAUAAGCUCCACCACUACGGCAUUACCGGCAACCUUCACUCCUUGCUCUAAACAUUCCUAACACAGCGUAGCAUGGAAGUAGGUGUAGACGGCGAUCAAUCAGGGAAAGCCACCGUAGACUCAGGAGUUCCUCAAGGCACAGUGCUGCGCCUCCUUCUCUUUCUCUGUCACAUUAACGACCUCCCUGAUACUGUAAAAUCUCAAGUUAGGUUGUUUGCAGAUGACUAUGUUGUCUACAGAGAGAUUAACGGCUACGAUGACCACAACCACCUCCAAGCAGAUUUGAAGUGCCUUAUGAAAUGGGCGGAAAAAUGGGAUAUGAAAUUUAAAGAAACCAAAUGCUACACAAAAAGCAUCUCAAGAAAAAAAAAGCAUCAACCUAUAUGUACUCCUUAAAGAAAACCUUUCUCCAACAAGUAUCAAAUAAUCCAAACCUUGAAAUUCUCUUUUCAAAUAAUCUAAAAUGGUCACCCCAUAUAAAUAAAAUUUCAAAAAAAGCCAACUCCACACUAAGUUUCACUGGAAAAAAUCAGCGCCACUGCACAACAUCCCACAAACGAAAUGCGUAUCUCGCACUCGUCAGUCUACUUCUAGAAUAUGGUGUGAUCAUCUGGGACCCACAACUAAAGCAUGACGUGGACAAGUUAUAGCAAAUCCAACGUAACGCGGUGCGCUUCAUUGUACGUGACUACAAAUCCACCACUUCUGGCUUCGUCACUGGCCUCAAAAAAAGAUUUGACACUCCCCCCCCCCCUUUUUAAAGACAGACGAGAGGUGCUCAGCCUGACAUUCUUAUAUAAGUGGUCAUGGGGCUGAUGCCGGCCAUCCCAGCAGGCACGUACCUCACCCCAAAGAAGCCGGUCACUGGCCUCAAAAAAAGAUUUGACACUCCCCCCCCCCCUUUUUAAAGACAGACGAGAGGUGCUCAGCCUGAUAUUCUUAUAUAAGUGGUCAUGGGGCUGAUGCCGGCCAUCCCAGCAGGCACGUACCUCACCCCAAAGAAGCCGGGUAGACUGAUCAGAGCCAAACGCUCACUGAACACUGAUUUCACCGCCGACAACCCCAUAAACAAUUACACCCGAAACAUCAGCAAAUGCUUCACUGUGCCCCGGUUAACACAGUGCAGUAUGAACAAUCAUUCUUCCCACGCACAAUAAUUGCUUGGAACCACCUGGAACUUGCUGCUGUGGGUUCGACAUCGGUCGAAAGCUUCAAGGCUGCCCUGGCAUCAGCUAGGAGCUGUUAGAUUAGCAACAUCGAUACCCCAACCGUUGCGCAGAUGUCAGUUUAUGGAUACAGCAAAGAACACUACCAGAACCAGAAAACACACAUCUAAUAAACAUAUCACAUUGGCAUAUAAAACACACAUCUAAUAAACAUGCCCCAUUACCAUAUAAAACACACAUCUAAUAAACAUGCCCCAUUACCAUAUAAAACACACAUCUAAUAAACAUGCCCCAUUACCAUAUAAAACACACAUCUAAUAAACAUGCCCCAUUACCAUAUAAAACACACAUCUAAUAAACAUGCCCCAUUAGCGUAUGCUAAGCCACCGGUGUGCAGUGACGUAUCAGGAAAAAAAAUGGAAGGUGGGUGGGGGGAGGGGUGUAGCAAAAUUGGCAUUCUUAAAUGUGCGUCACUUGAGUUCACGUUUUUGUCAAGUAACUUCAGUCGAUGGGAAGUUCACGCAUUGCUGUCGCCAAUGUUUGGCCGGCUAUAUCCACCCUCACUGCCAACCACGCGCACACCCCACCAACCUCACGCACACCCCACCAACCUCGCGAUGUAUGCCACGCAGCGGGUCGCCUAGUAACAUUCUAUUGAAUAUCCUUAUGUAUCAUAUCAUGGACCCUGACAAAAACAGCAGAAAACCUAUUAAACACAUGGGAGAGGAAAGUUCUCAGGAAAAUAUAUCGACCAACAAAGGAUGAAUAUGGAUGGAGAAUACGAACCAACCAUGAAUUGUACAGUCUAUAUCAGGAUCCCACGAUAGUAGCAGAAGUAAAAAAAAAAUUUAAAAGGUUAGGCUGCGCUGUGCAGGACACACAGAGAGAGCAGGACACACAGAGAGAGCAGGACACACAGAGAGAGCAGGACACACAGAGAGAGCAGGACACACAGAGAGAGCAGGACACACAGAGGAACAUGUCUCAAGGGCAGACCUAGGCUUAGAUGGAUGGAUGAUGUGGAAAAAGAUCUACAACAACAGGGAAUCCCAACAUGGAAAAGAAAAGCAUUAGUUAGGUCUAAGCGGAAGGAAGUAGUGAGGCAGGCCAAAGCCCUACAUUUGCUGUAGUGUCACAGGGAUGGAUGAUUUUAGAUCCCAUUAUAAAUUCCGGUCCCGUUGAACAGUGUAUAACGUUCGGGAACAUUCUAGAAUAAAUUUAAUGUCCUCGAAACGUGUAAAAAAUUACGUUUCUACGUAUAUAUUUUUCGAAAAAAGAAAUUAUACAACUUAAUUCACUAAUAUCUCUUGUAAUAUGACAUCCUUACAUCUUCAUAAGGCAAUGGAGUAGCACUGCAACGAAUGGCUAACUAGUCCAAUCCUGGAAUGGCAAUCUUGACUGCAUCUCUGGUUAGAUUUGGCCUUCCCUGAUGUUCUUUUUGUUACAAAAGCUUUGUUUCGCGCAUCUUCUGCCAUUUUGACUCCGUCAUACACUGUUUGCCAGCUGGAACGUUGUUCAGCAAUGAUCUCCCAUUCGUUAAUUUCAUUGUUGGCUUCCCUCAUGCUCCUUUUGCAAACGUCGAUAAAUCUCAGGCAUGGCCGUCCAACUCUCCAUACAGAAGCUUCUUUGGAAUACGGCCUUCCUCCAUUCUCCUUACAUGACCUAACUAACGAAGGUGCCUCUUGCUAAGAGCGGAGAUAUGCUACACAUUUUUGCACGUUCCAAGACAUCUGUGUUAGGCACUGCGUCCUGCCAUCGAAUGCGUAAAAUGCGACGCAGACAUCUUUGGUAUAUUUAAGUUAAAAGAGGGGCCCCGGAAGAGAGCCCAUUCCUAAUUGCACCGAUUUAGUUUCGCCUGAGAUGGGGGUCCUAUAAAAUCAAUCAGAUAAAUAACAAAGUUACACUUUUUUGUAAAUCGAUUAAAAUCGUUUAAAAUUGCCAAACAAACAAAACAAACUUUCACUUUUAUAGAUAUGAUAUGAUAUCAAUCAAAUUUUGUUUACGGUUUUGUUCCGCGUAUGUUUCUACAUAGAUUGAUGGAUCAUGAGAAAAAUUGGCACAUAGAUCCAUCAUUUUUCAGAUUCAAAUACUGGGGGGUUUUGAACUUUUAAAAGCAUUCCUUUUAGAAUGUUCCAGAAAUUUCUAUAUUGUUCGACGGGGAUAUAUAGUUGGAUCUAAAGCUUAUUGACAUGUUAGCUGUUCUAUUGAGGUCUUUACUUUCUGGGAGAUUUUCGCUAUGUCUGUCUCCCAUUCGGCAUCGGGCUACCAUGGGAAAAAGAUCUUUAUCUGCAGUUUUUUUGUUUGUUUUUUUUCAAAAAAAAAUUCUUGGCGGUAUGUUUUUUGAAGGCCCCUUUACUUCGAUGUUAGCUAAAAGGCUGUUGAGGUUGUUUUUUACAGGCCCUUUUACUUCGAUGUUAGCUAAAAGGCUGUUGAGGUUGUUUUUUUUGAAGGCCCCUUUACUUCGAUGUUAGCUAAAAGGCUGUUGAGGUUGUUUUUUACAGGCCCUUUUACUUCGAUGUUAGCUAAAAGGCUGUUGAGGUUGUUUUUUUUGAAGGCCCCUUUACUUCGAUGUUAGCUAAAAGGCUGUUGAGGUUGUUUUUUACAGGCCCUUUUACUUCGAUGUUAGCUAAAAGGCUGUUGAGGUUGUUUUUUUUGAAGGCCCCUUUACUUCGAUGUUAGCUAAAAGGCUGUUGAGGUUGUUUUUUACAGGCCCUUUUACUUCGAUGUUAGCUAAAAGGCUGUUGAGGUUGUUUUUUACAGGCCCUUUUACUUCGAUGUUAGCUAAAAGGCUGUUGAGGUUGUUUUUUACAGGCCCUUUUACUUCGAUGUUAGCUAAAAGGCUGUUGAGGUUGUUUUUUACAGGCCCUUUUACUUCGAUGUUAGCUAAAAGGCUGUUGAGGUUGUUUUUUACAGGCCCUUUUACUUCGAUGUUAGCUAAAAGGCUGUUGAGGUUGUUUUUUACAGGCCCUUUUACUUCGAUGUUAGCUAAAAGGCUGUUGAGGUUGUUUUUUACAGGCCCUUUUACUUCGAUGUUAGCUAAAAGGCUGUUGAGGUUGUUUUUUACAGGCCCUUUUACUUCGAUGUUAGCUAAAAGGCUGUUGAGGUUGUUUUUUACAGGCCCUUUUACUUCGAUGUUAGCUAAAAGGCUGUUGAGGUUGUUUUUUACAGGCCCUUUUACUUCGAUGUUAGCUAAAAGGCUGUUGAGGUUGUUUUUUACAGGCCCUUUUACUUCGAUGUUAGCUAAAAGGCUGUUGAGGUUGUUUUUUACAGGCCCUUUUACUUCGAUGUUAGCUAAAAGGCUGUUGAGGUUGUUUUUUACAGGCCCUUUUACUUCGAUGUUAGCUAAAAGGCUGUUGAGGUUGUUUUUUACAGGCCCCUUUACUUCGAUGUUAGCUAAAAGGCUGUUGAGGUUGUUUUUUACAGGCCCUUUUACUUCGAUGUUAGCUAAAAGGCUGUUGAGGUACUAUUCACUAAAUCUGGGAAAAAUCAUACUAUAGAAGAGAAUUUAAUCAAACCAUCAAUAUCAGCAUUUCUCAAAACGGUUCUGAAGAAAGAUGACAAAGACGUGAAAGCUAUACCACUCAGUAACAAUAUACGAAAUGAGUGAAGAUAUUGAAAUACAACUUUUUGAAAAGCUGAAAACAAGAAAAUUCUCAGUACAAAUGGAUGUAUCAACUUUGAGAGACAUUGGAGUUGUAUUGAUAACUUAGUAAGAUACAUUCAUAAAGGAUAUUUUGCAGAAGAGAUGUUGUUAUGUAAAUCAUUAUAAAGAACAACUACUGCCAAAGAUAUAUAUAUAUAUAUAUAUAUAUAGUCUAUAAUAAGCUAAAAAUGUACUUAGAUGUCAGUAAUAUAUCAAUGAAAAAUAUAACAUCUUUUGCUGCAGAUGGUGCUCCUAUUAUGGUGGGCUAGAAAAAUGGCUGUUUAAAAUUGAUGAAAUAAAUAAUCCAGAAAUGCUACUGCAGGGCUGCCACUCAAAUUUUUUUAAUUCCCAAGAUUUGGUCAAAAUAUUUCCCAAGACUUCCCAAGAUCAUGAAAAUAUAUGAUUUUUUUUGUUUUGUUUUUUUUUUAAUGAUCUUGGGAAUUUUUUUUUAAAAGUGAGUUUUGGCCCUGAAUGGGGUUGUGAAUUCCCAAGAUCUUCGGAAAUCUCCCAAGGUGUGGCAGCUUGUGCAUUGUAUUAUUCAUAGGGAAAAUUAGGAGCUAAAACAUUUUGCCUGUUCAAAAUGAAAUACUAAAUUCAGUUCUAAAGCGCAUCAAUGCUAUUAAAGCUAACACCAAAUGUGAACGUCUCUUCAAGCUAUUUUGUUAAGAACUAAUUGCAGACUAUGUGAGACUUCUACGUCACACUGAAGAAAAAUGGCUUUCGAAAGGGAAUUGCCUGAAAAGAUUUAAGGAACGAUUCACUAAUUUGAUACUCAUGCCUUUUUUUUUUUAAAGAGACAAACCUGAAAUGAAGGAUCUGUUAACGGUCGAGUUGAAAGCAUGUGUGAGUUAUUUGGCCGAUAUCUUUGAAAAACUUAAUAUAUUAAAUAACCAACUUCAAGGAACAAAUAAAACUCUUGUCGAUGCCAAAAGCGAAUAUAUUUGGUUCCAUUCCUUUCUUGAAUUACGUCAAAAAAUAUUUACAAAAAAAAAAAUUUUAAAGUUGCAUUGGCUCCAAAAACUAUUGUUACCAUUUCCAUCUUCAGCUACAUUUAGCUUAACGUGAAUUUAGUGCCAUAAAUUAUUUGUUGUAGAGAAGGAAAAAAAAGUUAAAAAUGGAAAAGAAAUCGGAAGGAUAUAACACAACAGGGAGACUUGAGACUGAAAGUAACUAAAUUGGAACCUAAGAUACAAUCUCUUGCAGCAAGCAUCGAUCAUAAACAUAUCACUAAAUUUAAAAAUAAAUAAUUACUAAUAAUUAAAAUAAUAUAGAAAAAUAUUUCAUUUAAAUUAUUUCGUACUUGAAUUUCAGGUCUAGAUUAAGUGUUUUUAAAAUGUACCUACUAUGUUUCCUCACUAAUUUCCUAGUGAUUACUUCCUAAAAUCUAUCAUUUAAGUUUCUUCAGUGAGAAACCCAGUUUUGGAAUAUUAAAAAUUAUGUAUAUGAUACAUAAGGGGGGGGGCAUACGAAUUUUAGAAAGGCUUAGGUGGGGCGGGGGAGUAACAAUUUUUGGGAAACAAUGCUGUAGAGCUGGUGUCUCAAACUCGCGGCCCGCGGGCCAUUUGCGGCCCGCAAGACGAUAUUUUGCGGCCCACUACAUGACAGCAAAGUUUAGGGAUAAUGCGGCCCGCGCGUUUUCCUCACCAAUAUAUCUAUAAUGUGACCCUCCCAGACAGUUUCAGUCGAAUCUGAGCGAUUAAUCUAAUUCUGAUUUGUAUUAUGUUUGUAUAGAUUUGGACGUUGGAGCCUGUCAGUUUGUUCACUUUCAAAGUAGGGUUAGUCAAAAAGACCUUUCUACGAUUAAAAAAAUCAAAACUCAUUCUCAUAAAGAGUACCUGCUUCUGCCUACUGUUUGAACAUGUUUUAGCAUUUAAAGCUUUCGUGGAGAAGGAUGAGUUGGUUGUUCCUAUACUAAGUGAUCCCAUAUAUUUCAUGGACUUCUCAUCUCUUGUUGACAUUACACAGGAGCUGAAUAUACCAUACAAGAAGUUAUAAGACCAGGGAUAUGCUUGUCAGUGUUGUCUAUGACAAUGUCAGGGCAUUCUGCACAACAUGCCAAAUUGGCUAAUUGCAUCACUCUGUUUACAAACAUGCCAAAUUGGCUAAUUGCAUCACUCUGUCUACAAACAUGCCAAAUUGGCUAAUUGCAUCACUCUGUCUACAAACAAGCCAAAUUGGCUAAUUGCAUCACUCUGUUUACAAACAUGCCAUUUUGGAUAAUUGCAUUUUUUCUGUUUACAAACAUGCCAAAUUGACAUAUGUAUCAUUCUGCUAACAAACAUAUCACAUUGAUAUAUGCAUCAUUCUGCUAACACACAUGCUACAUUGGUAUAUGUGACCUUUUUUUUUACAAACAUUCCACAUUGACAUAUCAAUCACACUGCUAACAAACAUGCCACAUUGACAUAUCAAUCGCACUGCUAACAAACAUGCCACACUGACAUAUCAAUUACACUGCUAACAAAUUGACAUAUCAACCACAAAGCUAAUGAAGAUGCCAUAGUGGCAUAUCAAUCACUCUGCAAUGUCUUUAGCUGUACCCUUAAUGUUUCCAGGUUUUAUUAACUCGUUCUUGUCCUGGCAAGCCUGGAUUCCUCUGUCACGCCUGACCUUUGGAACCUACUUGACCCACAUGAUGGUCAUCAUGUAUUUCAACAACAAUGAAAGGACGGUGGCUUAUUUCAGCUUUCAUGGUGUUGUAAGUAUUCGAAGGCAUUUUGUUGGUACAUCGGUGUCUUUCUAAUAGGAUGGGCAUUAAUAUCAGCGGCGUAUCUAAACGAAAUGCCGCCCGGAACGAACUAUGAAAAGUGCGCCCCCCCCCAUCCCAUACACACACCAUUACGAUUAUGUCACACCCCAAAAGUACUGCCACGGGCCUUCACACCCCCCCCCAAUCCCAUACACACAUCAUUACGAUAAUGCCACACCCCAAAAGUACUGUCACGGGCCUUCACACCCCCAAUCCCAUACACACACCAUUACGAUAAUGUCACACCACAAAAGUACUGUCACGGGCCUUCACACCCCCAAUCCCAUACACACACCAUUACGAUAAUGUCACACCCCAAAAGUACUGUCACGGCCCUUAACACCCCCAAUCCCAUACACACACCAUUACGAUAAUGUCACACCACAAAAGUACUGCCACGGGCCUUCACACCCCCCCCCAAUCCCAUACACACACCAUUACGAUAAUGUCACACCCCAAAAGUACUGUCACGGCCCUUAACACCCCCAAUCCCAUACACACACCAUUACGAUAAUGUCACACCCCAAAAGUACUGCCACGGGCCUUCACACCCCCCCCCCCCCAAACCGGUCCAUAUUUGCCACUCAUUACUGUUAUUUGCAACUAUACUUGUUGACCUAAGGAAAGCUGAUUUUGUUGCCAUGGUUACGGCUGUCUUUAAUGUUUAGCCAUGAAGCAUGAGGAUAUGCAGUAGCUGGUAAGAGUGGGCCAACCUCAGACACGGCUAGAUCAGGGUUGUAAAUUUUGUUUUAUAGAUAAUGUAUAGACAAUGGUGGACUGUAUAUGAACGUUAAGUAUUAACAAAUUAUAUGUCUUUUUAUACCUGUGUGUCUAUGUAUACCUGUGUGUCCUUUUAUACCUGUGUGUCAAUUUAUGUCAGAUAAACAUGCAGUACCUGGGCACCCUUAUUUUGUGAUAGGCCUUAUAUCCUUUGUGUAUUUAUGUUACAGAUACAACGGUACCUGGCCACAUUUGUUGUGUCCUACGCUCUGUCCUUGGUCCUGUCUUUACUCAUUGAGACGCCGGUCAGAAAUCUGACCAAGCCGUCAGCAAAAACCAGGACACCAGAAAAGCCUGCCCUGAACACCACACCAGGGUCCCUUCAGCGAGACAUACGUAAACCAGACCAACGUCAGCCCGAGACCCCAAGACCGAGGGUCCAUCCCAUUCACAGGCAAGAUGAUGGGCUAGACGAUGAUGGUGUAGAUGGUGGCAAGGCAGGUGAUGGGAAUUUUGAACUUAGGACUUUGAAUUUCCCUAGACCUCCCACAAGAGGUGUGUACAAUCGAGGAUUCAUAUCUGAUAAUCCGUACGACGAUAUCAUCAGUCCAGAGCUGCAUUCAACAUCAGUCACGCGCUGGCACAUUUGAGAAAUCAACAGUUUCUAUUACUUUUGUAGGAUUUGACUGGUGUAAUGUUUGUACCACUUGACAGUUAUCAUGUUUGUAGUACUCGACACUUGUUUUGUUUGUAGGACACCACAAUUGUCAUUUUUCGUAGUACUUACCAAUAUAAAACAUAUAUUUUACAACUUCUUAAAUGUUUAUUUUUUCAUUAAUUUAAAAACUGUCAACUAAGGGUGUCAUUGAAAUGUGCACCAUAUUAUAUUUUGGAUUUAAAUAUAGAGCGUGUAGUUAAAAAGAAUAUUUAUAAAACUAAAAGUGUUCUGUCAAAUCCAACUAUCUUUAUUUGUGUUAUGUGUAAGUUAAAUAUGAAAUGUCCAUUGAUUGCCACUAAAUAAACGACUUCAGUUUACGUAAAUUGAAUGA